AUGACUACUAACACCACAGAUUGUCUGCCCUCGUGGCUGGACAAGGAUUUUGCUGAAAAAUCUCUGAAGGAUUCCAACAAUUAUCAAGACUUCAGGGUCCUCUCCGCAGAUGUACAACAAGCAUCAGCUCUAGGAGAAAACUUCAUGAGUGAAAUCUAUCGUAUGACUGUGGAACUAGAGCAUAAAGUCAAGCGGCAUAAGGAAACUGUGUCAUUAAUAGUAAAAUUAUUUCCAGGUGGAGAAGUUAUGCAGAAAAUAGCACAGGACAUGCAAGCCUUUGAGAGAGAGACUCUCAUGUUCAGUGAGACCAUUCCUGCAAUGACACAGAUAUUACAGAAAGCAGCCCCUGGUAAAUACACACAGUUAUCUGCAAUGUGUUUCACCUCUGGGACUCAGCCAGUUAUCUAUGUAGUCCUCGAGGACUUGAAGGCCAGAGGGUUUGUAAUGGCAGAGAGGUGCAAGGGACUGGACUUGGCUCAUGCAAAACUUGUUGUCAGGAAACUGGCUGAGUUCCAUGCAUCUUCCAUUGCACUGUAUGCACAGAACCCUACAUCAAUGGACAAAUAUAAGAGUUUUCAAUUGUUUGAAGGAGAAGCAGGUAAGCACAUAGAGUCCUUCUUGAAACUAGGCUGCAAAGGUCUCGCAGAUCAGCUGGAGACAUUAGAGAAAUCAUACUCACAGUAUGCACCAAGAGUCCGAGCUCUCUCAGAAAACCUAUACCCACAUCUAGCAAAGAUGGCAAAACAGAAGGGAAAGUUUUGUGCCUUAGCUCAUGCAGAUACCUGGACCAACAACAUUAUGUUCAAAUACUCUGGUAGUGCCGUCCAAGAUGUGGUUCUACUCGACUUUCAGGUUUCUUGCUACCAUUCACCUUCAAUUGACUUACAUCAUUUUAUACACACUAGUAUUACAGAACAAGUGUAUGCUGGUCACUUAACAGACCUUUUGAAAGAGUACUAUAAUCAUUUAAUGGAAGUGAUGGAAGAUAUUGGUAUCAGCAGAGACAAACAGAUAUCCUUUGAGGAGGUGCUUGAAGACUUUGAGGCCCACAUGCUGUAUGGCUUGUACAUAGCAAUAUCAGAGCUUCCAGUUGCACGCAGUGAAGGGGAAUCUGGUUUUGAUGUAGAGGCAUCUAUGAAAGGAACAUACACUGAUGAUAAUAGAAGUGCUUUUACAGGUGCUGCGUAUAUGCAAGCUAUAAAACGUAUGCUGCCAGAAUUUGAAAAGAGAGGUUUAUUGUGA